AUGGUUGGGCUCUCUGGUCUUCCUGAGCCACCGCGAUCAGAACCUAUCCGACCUCCCCCAUCCCAAGAGAUACCUUCCUCCCCGCCUUCUGUCGCAUCCGAAACUGCUGGUGGGCGCCGACAGCGAAAGCCACCGACGGUCACGCCGCGAUCCUUUCGGCGCUUCUUUACGCCACGAUCUUUACUGAAUAGUGGCAAUGCCAGCGGUGUGAAAACGAAUCGGCAAGCCUUGAGAGCCCUCAACUCGCCCGCUGUCAAUCGUCUGGGUCCAGCCUUUACUAGGUCCUCGAAGACAACCAGCCCCCAGACCUUUACCCAUGGCUUACCGGAAGAUUUCCCUCGUACUCCGAGUCGGAAAAGGAAAAACUCAUUCUCUUCGGUUGUGUCACCUCUGCAGUCGUCGCCAUUGAAAAAGGUUCGGAUGCGUUCGCCAGUGUGCGACGACGUACAGCAAAGAGCCGUCCUCGGUGACAUUGAUAUCACGGCUGUGAUCAUUCGAGGCCGUGAUUUAUCACCACCCAGUCCGCCCAAACGUCGACCAGUGUCGCCUGUCAGCCGAUCCAGGGUGCUGCAAACCUCAGGUUCCCUGUUCAUGCGAACUCUUCAAGGUUCGCGCGCCAAUCGCACGACAACUAGAGCAACAGUCGGAGCAGGCUGGCAAGACCUCACCUCGAACUUCCAUUCGCGCCCCGAAGACCGCCAUUCCUGCUCAAGCUACGCUAACGAAGGGCAACUGGCACUGCCAUUCUGUAAUGCAUCUUGUAACACGAAUUCUUUGGUCGCUGUUGGUGAUGAAGAAGGUGGCAUUCGUCUGUUAGACUCGUCUAAAGAAGACGAGCGAGGCUUUUCCAGCGCAUAUCUCGGAUUUCGUCCCCACCUGAAUUCUAUUAUGGAUCUUGAAUUCUCGUCGGACGAUCUCUUGUUGGCUACCGCUUCCGGGGACCAAACGUCCUUGAUCAUCGACAUGACCACUCAGCGACCUAUCCACUGCUUGAACAACCAUGCUUCCUCAGUUAAGCGAGUUCAAUUCCAGCCGGCUUCCAACAAUAAGGUCCUGGCAACAUGCAGCCGUGAUGGAAAUGUGAGCAUCUGGGAUCUCCGAUGUAAGGGUAUCGAGCGUCCAUCAUUGCAGGUUAGAUGCUCAAUGGAAUCCGAAUCCGAAUCUGCCCACACCUCAGGGACCGCCAGGAUGACAUACCCUCAAGUCCUCAACACCAUACACGGUGCACAUGCGUACAGUACACCCCAAAAGGCCGUUUCAGAAAAGGUGGACGUGCCUCCGUUCGGUCGUUUCGACAUUACCGUGACUUCGCUAGCGUUUCUUCCCCCGGGUCAAGAAAACCUUUUUGUCACCGCAUCUGAAGCAAGCGCUAGCGUACGCCUUUGGGAUCUGCGCACAGCACACAACAAUCGGCGAGGUCGGCCCGUUCUGCCUCUCUCUACCUCUCGUGAGCCUGAUAGUCACGUCAAGUACCGGCGAUUCGGAUUGACGUCCAUGGCUUUCGGUGGAGAUGGCGCCCGAUUAUACACCCUUUGUCGAGAUGGAACCGUGUACACAUACUCAACCUCUCACUUAGUUCUUGGGCACGCGCCUGAGCUGUCGUUGAAUCAUGCGCAUCCCCGACGAUCCGGGGGCUCUGACAAAGAGGGGUUGGGCCCCUUGUAUGGAUUCCGCCAUCCGCGUCUUCAAGUGUCAACGUUCUAUGUGAAGCUUGCGGUGCGCAAGGCUUCCCACGACCGCCCAGAGAUUCUAGCCGUUGGUAGUAGCGAUCAGUGCCCGAUCCUGUUCCCUACGGAUGAAAGAUUCCUACAAUCACCAGUGCAAUCAUAUCCAACCGACCUACCCCCCACGCGGACAUCACUUUUCACGACUCGCUCUGGUCUCCGCCGUUCCAACUCGGGUGUUGGUCUUUCAGGGAGACUUGAGCACACAAUUCCUAUCUACGAAUCAGGCACCCCUCUUGUUGAAGGCCAUCAGAAAGAAGUUACGGGGAUGUCUUGGACUGUGGACGGAGAGCUCAUCACUGUCAGCGACGACUACUCUGCUCGUUGCUGGCGUGAAGGGCCUGAAGCUCGCGAGCUUCGACGGCAAGGCCACAAGGAUGGCCGAGAUUGGCAAUGCGGAUGGGCCGCCACAAAGGACUCAUAUGAUGAUGAAGACGAAUGA